AGAAAUUAAAAACGUGCUGUUGGUUGAGCAUGUUGAGAAAUUGAAUUGAACGAGCGAGCGCGUCUUGUUGCGUUGCGGUCUUGCGGUAGCUGGCACAGCAUCGCUCCCACGUUGCCGCAUCAGCUCUUAUCGGUAUUUAAAUAUACAUAAAUAGAUUAUCAUAGUAUCUUACAGUGCAGUAAUCGUGUAACGCUCGAGGGGUUGUUUUAUAUGAUCUCUUGUGCGAAUGAAAUCAACAGUAAUACUAGAGGAAGUAGUGAAUAAAAUAGACAACCUCGCUCUACCUCUUACAACCAGGAUGCCAAACAUCAAAGUUUUCAGUGGAAGCUCGCACCCAGACCUGGCGCAAAAAAUCGUCGAUCGCCUUGGCAUUGACUUGGGCAAAGUGGUUACAAAAAAAUUUAGCAACAUGGAGACGUGUGUGGAAAUCGGCGAAUCCGUUCGAGGUGAAGAUGUUUAUAUUGUUCAAAGCGGCAGUGGUGAGAUCAACGACAACUUGAUGGAGCUACUUAUCAUGAUUAACGCAUGUAAAAUUGCAUCGGCGUCUCGGGUUACAGCUGUUAUUCCUUGCUUCCCGUACGCUCGGCAAGACAAAAAGGACAAGAGUAGAGCUCCGAUCACUGCCAAACUUGUCGCCAAUAUCUUAUCUGUCUCUGGCGCCGAUCACAUUAUCACUAUGGACCUUCAUGCUUCCCAAAUUCAAGGAUUUUUUGACAUUCCUGUGGAUAACCUCUUUGCUGAACCAGCUGUUUUGAAGUGGAUCAAAGAGAAUAUUCCUGACUGGAAAACUAGUAUUGUUGUGUCUCCUGAUGCUGGUGGUGCCAAAAGAGUCACAUCCAUUGCUGAUAGACUCAAUGUAGAGUUUGCUUUGAUCCACAAAGAAAGAAAAAAGGCCAAUGAAGUUGCUUCUAUGGUUUUAGUGGGUGAUGUGAAGGACCGUACUGCAAUAUUAGUUGAUGAUAUGGCUGAUACUUGUGGCACAAUUUGCCACGCUGCUGAGAAACUCAUAGAAGCAGGUGCUAUAAAGGUCUAUGCUAUAUUAACUCAUGGUAUCUUCUCUGGGCCAGCUAUUUCAAGAAUCAACAAUGCCUGUUUAGAAGCAGUUGUGGUCACAAACACAAUACCCCAGGAGAGACACAUGCAAGAAUGUCCGAAAAUCCAGUGCAUUGAUGUGUCUAUGAUGUUGGCAGAGGCUGUGAGACGCACCCACAAUGGAGAGUCUGUGUCAUACCUAUUUUCUAAUGUUCCAUAUUAGUCUUACAUAAUUUAAGGUUAGGUCUUGUAGUACUUUGAUGCAUCUUCAUCAAGUUCUUGCUGACCAAUUUACAGUUAUUAUUUUAUUUCUAUUAACAUUUAAAAGUUGAUGAGAUUUAUGUUAACUAAAAAACUGGUGAUAUUUUGUUAAAAGCCUCAAGAGUUGAUGUUGAAUGUUUUAUUUUAGAUGUAGUUUUAAUAUUGUUGAAUAGUGGCCUAAUGCUAUUCUGACAAGUAUAAUCUCAAAAUAUAUUGCUGAUUAUUUACUAUUGCAAUUGCAAAAUGUAUGUCAAGUUCAAGUUGACAACAAACUUUAGUGAAAAUGUCAGCAGUAGGCUUGCUAUCAAGCCUACUAGAAAUACCUAUGUAUUUCUGCUAUGGAAUCCAGAUUUAAUUUUGUGUACCUACAUUAAUUAAUGAACUUUGGGUAUAUAUUCAUUCUUCAAUGACCAAUAAUAUAAAUGAUAACACAUCUUCUGGCAACUGGUGCAAAAUAGUAAUUGUAAUAAUUCAGGUAAUCACCAAUUUGGAAUCUAAGUGCAUUUACUGUUGCAGUAUGUUUUUAUUGUUUUUCCAUUAACCUCUAACAUUGGUUUCUUAAUAUAGAUUAUUAUGAAAUAAUUUUAGUUGAUAAAUUAUAAAAGACAAAGUAUCAUUAAGGAUGCCAUUCUGAUGUUUUUUCAUCACUUGGAAAUCAGGAUUGUAGGAGAAAUUAUUUCUCUUUUCAGGAGAAAUUAUACUGUAGCAUCAAAUCUAUCAGUUGCUUUAUAGAAAUGAUUGGAUAAGAUAACAAUACAUCAUUUUAUUUAUACCUAAUGAUGAGAUAAAAUCAGGUUUAUCUGGUUCACAAGUGGUAAAAAAGCUACCACCAUAGAGUUAUGUUAUAGUAUAAUUUUCAUAUAUUAUAGUUAAAUUUAUCAUCAUAUUUUUUCUAUCAUGACUUUAGAUGUAGGUAGGUAUAUUAUUAUAUUACAUAUAUGGUGGCCUUUGUAUUCCCUCAGGGAAUUAUUUGAAAAUGCUCAUUUAGGUUGGAAAAUGCCAGUUAUGAUUUUAAAUAUAAAUAUAUGCAGUGUAUAAAUUGGCGAUCAUGUAUAUAAUUUUUUUUGGCAGAAAGGCAUUGGCUUAAUAUGUAUUAAAAAAAUUAUAGAUUUUUUAAAAAUAAAUUUUAUGUAUAUUCGGUCUGUAUACCUACUUUUAAGGAUUAAUAAAAAAUUCUUCAUA